AAGGAGCGACUGAAUAAAACUCCUGGGGGCGUGAUGCUGUAGGGACUCCGGGGUAACUCUGCAGUAUUUCAGAAGGAUUUCUGAGCACGAUGUGUGUUUAUUCCGCUCUUCAUUCCUCUAAGCAUCUUCACUCCGUGUGAACGUACUCAAACACGACGAAGCGAUACCGUUAAUCAGUUUGGUAAACAGACGCCCCGAGACGUUUGCGCUCCACCCUACAUGACCUCCGUCUCUUAUUUAUGAGUCAACCGGAUGUUCAAACCUCUUUGUCUUCUUCCGCUCACUCGGGUGGACGGAUGAAACGAGGUGGAGCCACAACACCACAUCCUCCUUGCACCUCUCACAUCAUCACCAUGGCAACCAAACAGUCAUUUCCGCCCAGAGUCCACCGGGGGUGUGAAACAUCCCAGAAAGCAUCUGUGGCAAGCGUUGCAUGUGCAAAAGAGGAAACCAUGGAGAAAGGGGAAGAGACGAGGAGAUGAGAAGUGCAGAAAGAAAAAAAAGAACACAUCACGAUGAAGACGAGCACCGUGUCUCUGACCGUCUGGUUCGCUCAGGUUCUAACACUCUGCGCUCUUCAGGAAACCCCCCUGACCACGCUGGACGUUUCCAUGACAACCUCAGAACAACUCACAACAAAGCAAGAUGUCAGGACAAAAACAGCAGCGAUGACCACAACAACGUCAGCGGAUGAGAUGCCGUCAGACCGGACACCUCUGACUCCUUCGCUGGAGCUGAGUGGCUUUCCGAGCUUGGUGGGGGACGACAGGAGAAAUACAACGAUCAGCACAACAUCUCACCACAACGUCAUGAGUCUCACUGAGAUGGUUGUCUCAAACACCACGAGUGUCACGACGGCAUCCCAAGAAACAGGAACUGCCACUGAAAGCACGAGUAUAAACAUUCAGGAGACAACCGAGAUCUCAAUAUCAGGAACAUCCAUCCAGCUGGACCAUGAUGUCCAAACAACAACAUCUACGAGUUGGAGAGAAGAUAGAACGAGCGAUGAUACUGAUGAGGCAAGCACCACCGCGGUACCUCCGACUUACUCAACAUACGAGACUGAUGUAACGUUAACUAGCGGAAGUUAUGGCACAACAGACCUCCAAAGUCCAGCUCCAACUACAGCAGGAACCUCUCUAUCUCAACAAGUCUCUAUCUCAACAACUCGAGGAAACAUGAAUGAAAGCAUGACAAAUACAACAUGGAGAGAUGAAGCGUGGUCUACAAACACUGAAGACACCUGGAGCACCAACACCACCACGUCCAAGAACAUGGUAAAUAAUGGAAGUUAUGGCACAACAGACCUCCACAGUCCAGCUCCAACUACAGCAGGAACCUAUCUGGAGAUACAUUCUACAAACCAAACUCCUCCAGAUGACACCAUGAGCACUGUCAGACCUACAUCAACAUCAGGAGGUACCAGUAUAACAUCAACGCCAUUCCGUUCUACUCAAGUUACAAGCGGCUCCACAGAGAACACAGAGGAACCACCAAUGUCUAGUACGAAGAUGAUGGACUGGACAACAGAGGAGAACACCGAAGCUCUCUCAACAACUCGAGGAAAAGUGAACGACAGCACGACAAAUACAACAUGGAGAGAUGGAGCAUGGUCUACAAACACUGAAGACACCUGGAGCACCAACACCACCACGUCCAAGAACAUCUCCACAUCAGAGACGGAGGAACCACACUGGACAACCUGCUUCACCGGCAGAUCAUCAUCUCAACCAUACCGUGUCUCAAAGCUGGUCUGUUUCGUCACAAUGUGGAGUCUCGGGAUGACCGCAUCCAUCUUCCUGGGUCUCACCGUGUUCCUGUGGGUGCGUCUGUCCGUCACAAAAAAGAGGGCAAGAAUCAGUGGACGAGGAGGGAGGGACAGAAAAGGACAUGGGCCAGCGGUGAAGGAGAAACAGAGCCUGUGGGCGGAGCCAGAGUCGUCCGCCGAGGAGAGAGUGGAGUUCUGGUACGCCGACGGGGCCACGGUGGAGGACAAGAGAAGAUACAAAGCGAGACAAGGGAAGACGAGGAACAACGGAGAGAGACAGGUGGGGACGGAGGAGGACAUGUUGGUCCAGCCGAAAGUGACGUUAAAGGACAUCACAGAGUUCUGGCACGCAAACGGGAGAGCGAGACACGGCGAGGAGAUAUGAUGUGAACUCAAUGAACAAUGAGAGAGAGAGAGAGAGAGAGAGAGAGAGAGAGAGAGAGAGAGAGAGAGAGAGAGAGAGACUCAUAGCAUGACAGAAAGAUGGAGAGAGACACUGAGAGAGAAAGUCACAGACGGUGAAAGAAUCAGAGAGAGAGAGAGAGAGAGAGAGAGAGAGAGAGGGAGAGGGAGAGGGAGAGAGAGAGAGAGAGAGAGAGAGAGAGGGAGAGGGAGAGGGAGAGAGAGAGAGAGAGAGAGGGAGAGAGAGAAGGAUGAGUCUGUGUCCAGAAUAAUGUGUGAUGUAACCACACUAUAAAGUAUUUAAUUUGAACUCUGUUCAGUUGCAGUGCAUUGUGGGAUUCUUAUAAACACAAACAAAACAGUGAA